CAUGCCGGGAGUAAUUGUUUUACCGUUGGCAGCUGCAGGUGGAGCCCAGUAGAGAACGCAGCGAGGCGGUCUUGGAAAGCGGUCCUUACAGUCGCGGGAUCCCCGCUUUGUCCUGCGGGAGUCCUGAGGACGCUGGGCCUGCAGCGCGGUGCUGGGUGAGAUGCACGGUGGUCCGGGUUCGAGAGAAACGGGAUCUCUGCCGCCUCGGCAGGUGACUGAUGACUUUCACAGAGCUGGGAACCUCACCAGGGAGAGAGACAACCCUCGCGUGUGCAUUUUGACUUGACCAGAGCAUUGCUUGAUUUGAAUUUGUUGAAAUGAGCAAUCGUAAAUCAAAGAAUAACAACUUAAUGCAUGCAGAAUGCCUUUCACAGGUACAAAGAAUUUUACGUGCAAGAUUUUGUCACCAGAAUCCACAUAGUAACCUAUUUGGAGUGCAAGUACAGUACAAACAUUUGAUUGAGCUGCUAAAAAGAACUGCUAUCCAUGGAGAAAGUAACUCUGUACUUAUUAUUGGACCUCGAGGAUCAGGAAAGACAAUGUUAAUAAAUCAUGCUUUGAAAGAACUCAUGGAAAUAGGAGAAGCAAGUGAAAAUAUAUUACAAGUUCACCUAAAUGGACUCUUGCAGAUCAAUGAUAAAAUUGCUCUAAAGGAAAUCACAAGGCAGUUAAAUCUGGAAAAUGCAGUUGGAGAUAAAGUUUUUGGAAGCUUUGCUGAAAACCUUUCAUUUCUUCUGGAAGCUUUAAAAAAAGGUGACCGUACUAGCAGUUGCCCUGUGAUCUUCAUAUUAGAUGAAUUUGAUCUUUUUGCUCAUCAUAAAAAUCAAACACUCCUUUAUAAUCUUUUUGAUAUUUCUCAGACUGCACAGACUCCAGUAUCAGUUAUUGGUCUUACGUGUAGACUGGAUAUUUUGGAACUCCUAGAAAAAAGAGUGAAGUCACGAUUUUCUCACCGACAGAUACACUUAAUGAAUUCGUUUGGUUUUCCACAGUAUGUUAAAAUAUUUAAGGAACAAUUAUCUCUACCUGCAGAAUUUCCAGACAAGGUUUUUGCUGAAAAAUGGAAUGAGAAUGUUCAGUGUCUCUCAGAAGAUAGAAGUGUGAGAGAAGUACUACAGAAGCAUUUCAAUGUCAGCAAAAACCUGCGGUCGUUACACAUGCUAUUGAUGCUUGCUUUAAAUCGAGUAACAGCAUCUCAUCCAUUUGUGACUCCAGCAGAUCUUAUGGAGGCUAACCAGCUGUGUAGCAUGGAUUCUAAAGCCAAUAUUGUACACGGUCUGUCAGUUUUGGAAAUCUGUCUUAUUAUAGCAAUGAAACAUUUAAAUGACAUCUAUGAAGAGGAGCCCUUUAAUUUUCAAAUGGUCUAUAAUGAGUUUCAGAAGUUUGUUCAAAGGAAGGCCCAUUCUGUUUAUAAUUUUGAGAAACCUGUUGUCAUGAAGGCUUUUGAACACUUACAACAAUUAGAACUAAUAAAGCCCAUCGAAAGAACUUCAGUAAAUUCACAGAGAGAGUACCAGCUGAUGAAGCUACUUUUGGAUAAUACUCAAAUUAUGAAUGCUCUGCAGAAAUACCCCAACUGUCCUACAGAUGUUAGGCAGUGGGCGACAUCCUCACUAAGCUGGUUAUGAAUAUAACUUCAGCUUUGGCAUUUUAUGCAUUCCUCUAUAAAGAACUAAAAAGUUAUUGUUUCACAAGAUAUGACAUUUUCUUAUAAAUAUUUUUGUAUUUAUUAGAGAUUGUUGGAUGUGUUAAGUGUCUUGGCUGUGUCUUUUCUUACCUUUGAAUCCUGUGCAGUUACUUGAUUUAUAAUUCCAGUGAUUGAUUUAGAUUAUGCUUAAGUGACAUAUUUUACUCAAAAGAAUAAAUGCAACUGUUUUAGGGGUUAGACUAUAUGCUUAUGUAACACUUGCAUUUAUGCACUCUAUUUGAAGAGUUCAUUUCAAAUUAGUAGGCAGAUGUUUUUACAGACCAUAAACUAAAGCAGUGAAGAAACAAUGAAUGGUAAAAAUUGAGGUAUUAGAAGUAAUCUUGUGGUGUAGUAGAGUGCUAUAACUUUUUUUCCUUACAUAUUCAUGAAUUCUAAUUCAGCAGACUGGCUAGCUUAGCCAGAGAAUGGUUCACAUGGAAGAACAAUGCUUAAAAAGUCUGAACAUUUUUGUCUGGUAUUCAUGAUCUGUAUCUGAAUCCUUUGUAAGAUUUGUCUUUUAAAUGUAGAUUCUUGAGCCUGCCUAGACCAAAAGAACCAAAAUUUCCCUGUUUAUAUCUUGAGAUUCCUAGAAAACUACUCCCAUGAAUAAUGGGAAGUAUUUGGCAGUUAGCUGACUGUAAAUCACUAAUGUGAAUGUAGAAAUGUAAUUCUUAGCAUGAGCUAGAAAUUCAGGGAUCUAAGUACUAACACAGGGUUUCUAAUAAAAAUCAAGUUUACUGAGCAUUCAGUAUUAGUGAUUUCAGUUGUUUAAGAUUACUUAAUUGCAUAUUGUGUUCAUGGGAGAAAGUUUACAAAAUACCUGUCCUUAAGUAGCUAAUAACUCAUUCUUCUGUAAGAAUUAAUGUUUUUUUACAAAUUGGAAAACUAGGGCUGAGUCCAGAAUCAGAAUUAGAAAUGACGGAGAGGUCCUGGAAUUCAACUCAGGUUUGACUAACACCAAACCCGGAUGUUCACGAAUGGGUUCCCUGUCAAGUAUUUCUUAGAGUAAAAGGAGUACGUUAUCUGGCUUUUAAAAGUAAGAUUUCUGUGCAAAAAAAGGCAGCUCUUCAGUAGUACAACCCAUUCUUUUGUAUACAUAGUGAUUCCUUCCC